CUGCUUUUCAAUCAAGGAACAGAACCGUUUGACUCUCCGGUUCAAUUUGCUCGAAAGAGGAACAAUGGCGACUGCAGUUCUUCCCUGUGGCAAGCUUAUAUUUUAAUCUGUCUUCCUGCGCGACCAUUCUUCCCGGACACUGAUCAGAGUCGCUGUCCGCUCCAGCCGUGAGGCUUUUCCGCCCAUGGCUUUCCACACCCCCAUUGCCCUACCGAAUGUUGCAAACGUAGCAUCCGAGUUGUGGCCCUCUAUGUCAAAUGCGAUCGCUGCGCCAUGGAGAUGUCUUAACCGGCCAUCCUCCGCAGCGCCCCGCCCCGCUCCCUCCCCAGCAAGCCAAGAAUCCCUUCGCAAGUUGCAUAAUGGAAGCCCUUCGAAUUUCGAAUCUCGCUUGCCACUCCCAGAAUGCUUCCGUACGCUUCCCACUGAUACGUUAAGACUGGCGGCGGAGCAAAAUCUGGCUCUUCGGCAAGCAAGAUCGGCCAGUCUUCUCUCUCAGCUCACUUCCAGGCGAAUAGAGAUAGCGGGAGCGUUUCCGUCGUCCAAUUCCCCGAAAGCUAGUCUGGCCCGUUCCUAUUCUACGCUCUCCAGCUUGCAACUCAACCGUCCGGGAGCCAUUCCUAAGGUGAAGGGCCUAUCCCAGUCACAGCAGCAAAGGUUUUUGUUCGGCGGUCCGUCCCAAAGUACUCUGCGAUACAUCGAACAAAAUGCCAACGGUAAUCCGACAAGCGCGAGCUCUCAGAACGCCUUUUAUUCCGCCCUUCUACGAGCAAAAAUGCCAGCCAUACUGAUCGAACGUUAUCAGAGUGGAAGAUUUGCCAGCAACGCCCAGUCCGCCCAGCUUUAUAUGAAAGCCCUCCAGCAAACGGGCAUGUCGUCUGCCUCGAUGCAAGGACAAAGCCAAAUACCGUCUCAUGAACAUCUGAAUCCCGACCAAAUGCAAGCCGUCGGCCAAGCCGUUGCCGCUCAGACAUACGGUGGUCAAGUGGGAAUGUCAACCAAGACGAACGGCACUGGAGCGAAGGAUGCACCCAUAUACGUUGUGGUUGAAGAGUCGACGGGAAGUCAAGUCUUCAGAUGGGUUAAAUUCAUCCUCUACUUCGGUUUUGUCUGCUAUUUCUCCCUGGUUAUGGUCAGCUUCUUGGUUGAGACAACUGGAAUUAUGAAAAAUGUUCGUGGGGCCCAGAGCAAUGAAGCACAGCCGCAGCACCAGAAGGCUCGAUUCAGCGAUGUUCACGGAUGUGACGAAGCCAAAGAUGAAUUGCAAGAGCUGGUUGAAUUUCUGUCAAAUCCUGAACGCUUCUCGUCUCUUGGCGGCAAACUUCCAAAGGGUGUCCUGCUCGUUGGGCCUCCUGGGACCGGUAAAACGUUACUCGCCCGUGCAGUCGCUGGUGAGGCAGGUGUACCGUUCUUUUAUAUGUCUGGAUCUGAAUUCGAUGAGAUUUAUGUCGGUGUUGGCGCCAAACGAGUCCGUGAACUGUUCAACCAGGCGAGAGCCAAGGCUCCUGCUAUCAUUUUUAUCGACGAGCUAGACGCGAUCGGUGCGAAAAGAAACGAGCGAGACGCUGCCUAUGUCAAACAAACUUUGAACCAGCUGUUGACUGAGCUUGACGGUUUCUCACAAAGCAGUGGUGUCAUUAUCCUGGCAGCCACCAACUACCCCCAACUGCUCGAUAAGGCGCUUACACGACCUGGUCGAUUCGAUCGUAAGGUGGUUGUUGGUCUCCCAGACGUCCGAGGCCGUGUCGAUAUUCUCAAGCACCAUAUGAAAAAUGUGCAGAUUAGCACUGAUGUCGAUGCAGCCGUCAUUGCUCGUGGUACCUCAGGCUUCUCCGGCGCAGACUUGGAAAAUCUCGUUAAUCAGGCCGCUGUCCACGCUAGCAGGUAUAAGAAAACCAAAGUUGGCCCAGCAGACUUUGACUGGGCCAAGGAUAAGAUCAUCAUGGGAGCCGAGUCGCGUAGCAGGGUCUUGAGAGAUGAAGAGAAGCUUCUAACUGCUUACCAUGAGGCUGGUCAUGCCUUGGUUGCAUACUUUUCUCCGGCAGCCAUGCCGUUGUACAAAAUCACCAUUGUUCCUCGAGGAAUGUCCUUAGGUGUCACUCACUUUCUCCCAGAGAUGGACAUUUAUUCUAAGAACUACACUGAAUACUUGGCCGAUAUCGACGUUUCGAUGGGUGGCAAGGCCGCCGAAGAGCUUGUUUAUGGACCGGAAAAUGUCACCAGUGGAAGUGCAGCGGAUCUCCGCAGUGCCACCGAAACUGCGUUCUCAAUGGUAACGCAAAUGGGAUAUUCGAAGAAGCUUGGCAAUGUUGACCUCAGCUUCAAUUAUGACGCUCUUUCGUCCGAGACAAAGCAAGAGAUCGAAGCAGAGGUUCGUCGCAUCGUAGAAGAGGCCAGCAACCGUGCAAAAUCAAUCUUGAAGGAACGCCGAAAGGAGCUUGAACUCGUCACAAAAGCUCUUUUAGAGUACGAGACUUUAACAAAAGAGGAAAUGGAAAAGGUGAUAAGAGGGGAGAAGUUAGAGAAGCUUGGGGCUUCACCAAAAGCGCCGAUAAUCCUUCCUGAUGCGCUGAUAAACCCCGGGUUGAGCCCACCAGCCGGCGAGAAGGCCACGUCGAAGUAGGACUUUCUCAUCUGUCUGCGUCCUGGUGGGAUUAUGCUUAACUACUGGAGCUCAUUUACCGAUACCAUCUCCCAUCUAUCUCGCUGUCUAUUUCCUAAUAUUUUUCUCUUUAUUCCACCGAGUCCUUCGGUCCUGAAAGGGAUCGAUCAAAGUGACUGAAGUCACUGCCUUUUCUAAUGUUAAGCCUGUUAUGACAUCGUGCUCCUCAAUUACCCUGCAGCCGUCUUGGGUCGACGUCGCUGGUCACAGCGUAUUGGGUCCAUCCUUUUAUCGCACGGACUCCUAGAUCUAUGGAAUGGAAGGUUUGCGGGCAGGAAUAGAUUAGGAAUGGGAUAUCCGUAUGGAUUUUCGACCAGAUCUGGACGCUGAUUCUUAAGUCUUCGAGCCUUGUCUCUCAUGUUCUCCCAUUUUGCAUAGCCAAUCUGUCCGUUGUGUACUUCUAGCUAGGUUUAUGUUUUGUUUUUUCUUUUCCAUCUCUGUACGCGUGCAUAAAGAGCAAUAUAGCGUCUGUCCACCUCGGUGAGAUAUUUACCUUUACC